UCCCAGUUCACCACAGGCACAUGCAGCGACUCGGCAGUUCACAGCUGUGACCUGUGUGGCAAGGGCUUCCGCCUACAGCGUAUGCUCAACCGGCACCUCAAGUGUCACAACCAGGUGAAGAGGCACCUGUGCACCUUCUGUGGCAAGGGCUUCAAUGACACCUUUGACCUAAAGAGGCACGUCCGCACACAUACAGGCAUUCGCCCCUACAAAUGUGACGUCUGCAACAAGGCCUUCACCCAGCGCUGUUCCUUGGAGUCCCACCUGAAGAAAAUCCACGGGGUGCAGCAGCAGUAUGCCUACAAGCAACGCCGGGACAAGCUCUACGUCUGUGAGGAUUGUGGCUACACGGGCCCCACCCAGGAGGACCUGUACCUGCACGUGAACAGUGCCCACCCGGGCAGCGCGUUUCUCAAAAAGACAUCCAAAAAACUGGCAGCGCUUUUGCAAAACAAGUUGACAUCCGCGCUCCAGGAGAAUGCCAACCUGAGCGAGGAGGAGGAGAAGUGAGGAGGAGGGAGAGACGCCGAUGCUGACACGUUUACAUGGAUGUUUGGGUCUGAGGGUCCCACUGGCUCUUUCUGAUUACAAGUGUUCAGUUUAUCUCUUUGUCUUUUUGGGGCCUCAGCAGGGGGAUCUGUUCCAAGGCUGUCGAUUGUAAGAGUGGUGUCAGGUCCCCCACAACCCAUGUCCUGUUGAACACAAUCAUGUUAACAAAAGCCGAUGGGUGGCUAUGAUCACCGUGCAGGACUUUUUUUUUUUUUAGGAUUUUCACACAUGGAGGCGGAGAUGUUCUUUAGAGAGACCAUCAUAUUAUGGUGCCUUGAAAUAAAAAUACUUCCACUUGAAAUGCUACUUAA